AUGGCCGACGUUGAAGCUCAAACAGCCACGGCGACGGCCGUCGACAAAAGCGGCGACGAAAUUGCCCUCGUGGCCGCCAACACCGACGUCGCGGCGCCAGCAGAAAAGAAGAUGGUCAAGAAGAUGAUCCGCAGGAAGAAGCGCCCGGCACGGGCGCAGAUCGACGCCGACAGCAUCACCUCGGAACCGCCUCCGCAGACAGGCACAAUCUUCAACAUCUGGUACAACAAGUGGUCGGGCGGCGACCGCGAAUCCAGCCAGCAGUUGCAUGCCAAGGGGCGCUGCAACAUCGCCACCGAUAGCGGCUACACCAGGGCGGAUAAAGUCACGGGCAGCUACUUCUGUCUGCGUUUUGCGCGGGGGCUGUGCCCUCUGGGCCAGGACUGCGAAUACCUGCAUCGGCUUCCAGGCGUCUACGACCUCUUCAGCCCUAAUGUCGACUGCUUCGGUCGCGAGAAGUUUGCCGACUACAGAGACGACAUGGGCGGCGUCGGCAGCUUCAUGAGGCAGAACAGAACAGUCUAUGUCGGGCGCAUACAUGUGACGGACGACAUUGAAGAGAUUGUGGCGCGCCACUUUGCGGAAUGGGGACAGAUCGAACGCAUCCGCGUGCUGAACUCAAGAGGCGUCGGCUUCAUCACCUACACCAACGAAUCCAACGCCCAGUUUGCACGAGAGGCGAUGAUGCACCAGUCACUAGACCACGACGAGAUCUUGAAUGUCCGAUGGGCGACGGCCGACCCCAACCCCAUGGCGCAAAAGCGAGAGGCCAGGCGAGUCGAGGAACAGGCGGCUGAGGCUAUUCGAAGGGCAUUACCCGCAGACUUCGUGGCAGAGAUUGAAGGCAAGGACCCCGAGGCCCGGAAGCGGAGAAGGCUGGAGAGCAAUUACGGCCUCCAAGGCUACGAGGCGCCGGACGAGGUACACUUUGCUCGUGGCGCCAACGCCGUCAACCCCGUCGGACGCCAGGGAUACGAGACGGAGCAGCAGCAUUGGAUGAUUGAAGAUGGGGGGCGAUCAACAGAGGAACAAGCGACGGGAGGGCAAACCGAACACUCGUCGACGGCACAAGGGGGGGGCAUAUUCUCGAGCAGCACUCUUGCUGCCCUGCAGAGAGCCAAGGUCUCUGUGGCGUCAAGGCCAAAAGCAGCGGCGCAUGCGGCAGCGGCUGGACCGCUGGUGGCUUACGGUAGCGACAGCGAAGACGACUAG